AUGAACAAGCGCCACAGCUACCGCCUGAUCCGCGAUCUGUUUGCCCCCAAGACACCAUCUUUGGUGAAUUCGAAGUACCAAUCCGAGUGCGCUAAGGGAUUACCAGCUCCGGCUCCAACCGUCCACGCGCCAUCCAGCACGGACGGAGGUAACCGUCGUGCGGCGAUGGAGGCUCGCCAGCGAGCCGACUGUCCAAUCCUGCAGCCGGGCAACCAGCCCCGCCAAUCGCCAACGGCAUCAACAUCCCAGAUCCACCCGCGGUACCAGUUUAGAUGUACCUGCCAACUCAAGGCUCCCCAACUCGAAUCUGAGGAUGCUCCUACCGUGAACACCCAAGUUGUUGAACCUGUUACCAACGGCGCGUAUACCGGAGCCUCCUGCCUCGGCUGCACCUUUUUCCAGCACCAGCGUCCACUCGAGCUCCCCCAGCCCCCUCUGUUCUUCCCGAAACAACAUCCGAUGACUCUCCAACUCCUACCCCUACUCCAGCUGCAGCAUCCAGCAAGUUUGAGAAGCGCAGUUCUAUGUCCCGCUCUUCUGGCGCUCGUUACAGCCGCAAAGCCUGGCCUUGGUAGCGUGUCCUAA